GUAGCGGGGCCGCGCCAGCGCCCGCCUGUUGUGUUUCUGUUGCCGCCCGCCAUCUUGUCGCCAGCGCUGCUGCCGUCGGGGCGAGCCGCGGGGCGGCGCGGCGCCUGCGGCCGGGCCCGCGCGACCGGGGAGGCGGCGGCGGCGGCGGCCGGGGCCCGCGCCAUGAGCAUCGAGACGCUGCUGGAGGCGGCGCGGUUCCUGGAGUGGCAGGCGCAGCAGCAGCAGACCGCACGUGAGGAGAAUGAGAAGCACGAGAAGCUCCGCCUGGAGAGGGAGCAGGAGCAGAAGAAGGCUGGCAAGGCCAGCGUGCCGCGGGCGAACAGUGCCGUUAUCCCGGAGGAGCCCCGGAGCGAACUGCUGGUGCCCAUCUCCCCCCCGGCCCCAGCCCCGCUGCCGCCCCCGCCCCUGGCAGCCCCCAUUUCUGUCAUUCCCAUCCCUGUUGUCACCAGCCCCCCCCAGCAAGCAGCCCAGACCACCCUGUCCUCGCCGCUCGUACGCCACCAGCCCCUCAUAAACACUCCCAGUGUCACUAAGGAAGCAUCUUCGGUCGCGCCGGUCAUCCAGAGGCCGCCGGGCCCACUUCUGCCUGACGGGAAAGCUGCUACACCCCCGUCGGGCAGCCCGAAGCAGCUCCAGCAUUACACGGCGCCGGUCCUGGCCAUUUCCCAGCACCAUGUGGUUCAGCAGCCCAUCCAGCCCCAGCCUCACCAGCCCCUGCAGCACCCGGGAGCCCCCCCGCAGCUUGGUGCUCUGAAGCUGACUCCAGCAGAGGACACGAAACCAAAUGAGCAGAAGAAGAGACCUGGAGGGGUUGGGACCAGGGAAGUACAUAAUAAAUUGGAGAAGAACAGACGUGCGCAUUUGAAAGAAUGCUUUGAGACCUUAAAACGCAACAUCCCCAACGUAGAUGACAAGAAGACCUCAAACCUCAGCGUCCUAAGGAGUGCCUUGCGAUACAUCCAGACUUUAAAAAGGAAGGAAAAAGAAUAUGAACAUGAGAUGGAGCGGCUGGCAAGAGAGAAGAUUGCUACCCAGCAGCGACUGGCAGAAUUGAAGAACGAGUUGAGCCAGUGGAUGGACAUCUUGGAGAUUGACAGAAUUAUUCGACAGACAGUUCAGCCAGAGGAUGACCAGGCAUCUACCUCGACAGCAUCAGAGGGUGAAGACAACAUGGAUGAAGACAUGGAAGAUGACAGGCCAGUGAACUCAUUACCAAAACUAACCCAGCGCCAGCACCCAGAGCUCCUGAAAGCCGUCCCUUCAAACGCUGCUUCCCACCACCCGGCGGUUCUGCCUCAGCACCUCUCCAUCCAGCAGAAACAAACCCCAGCCCACGCACAGCCUCCCAUCCAGACACAAGCACUGGUCCAGCCGCAGGCGAUCGUCCCUGCACAGACUCACAUCGUGGCGGCUUCGACCGUGCAAUCGACUGUUAUUGCCCACACCGCCACUACCCACGCUUCGGUCAUUCAGACUGUCAACCACGUGAUUCAGGGUCCACAGACCAAGCACAUUGCUCACAUUGCACCUUCCACGUCCAGCCCUGUGCAACUUACCACUGCUGCUCAGCCUAUCGGCCACAUCACUGUGCACCCAGCCACCAUCAACCACAUGGCUCACCUCGGCCAGCAGCUGCCCAUCUACCCCCAGCCCGUGGCCGUCAGCCAGCCCGUGGUGAGCCAUAUUGCUCACACGAUCUCGCACCAGCAAGUGAACGGAACCACAAACCUUGGCCAGCAAGCGGUGAUGGCCAAGCCUGCUGUAGGAACCCAAGUUGUCCAUCACCCGCAGUUAGUUGGGCAAACGGUCCUAAAUCCGGUGACUAUGGUAACCAUGCCAUCAUUCCCAGUGAGCACACUGAAGCUGGCCUAGAGGGGAUCGUCCGACGGCGAGGUCUUUGUUGGGAACCUUUCCUAAACUCCAUACAUUCCAACCACAUCCGACUCCGCGGGAGGGAAGUGCAGAAGCGCCGAGUGGCAGGAUGCCGGGCUGGGCUGUCCUCAGCCGCCCAGUAACCAACCUGCCGCUGGCAGCGAGAGCCGGGGCCUCUCUGCACUUGACUUUUGCUAAUCUGAGAAAACUUCAAAGACAGUUGUUCAUGGUGAUUUUUUUUCCUUUUAUGUGUAAUCAGUGAAAUAUGGAUAUGAUGUUCUUAAGACUUUAAUUUUCCCCUUUUAUGUGUUGCUUCUUUGUAGAAUAAAAAUUGCUGAUCUCUUUAUUGAGACAUUGCGUAGAAUGGGAAAAAAAAUCAUAGAAGUCUAUAUUUAUAUAUAUGUGUGUAUGUGUGUGUAUAUAUAUAUGUAUAUACAUAUAUAUAUAAAUAUAACAUUUGAAGAAGGCCUUUUGUAAGGUUGAUUAUUUUGCAGGAUUAUUAGACAAAAUUCAUUUUUGGAGGAAGAAGACAGAGUGUCCUCUCUAAACAAGAAACUUUAAGAUAGAUGGUUUGGUGGACCAGGGUACAUAUACAGUGACAAAAAAAGAAAAAAAAAAGUUAAACCAUGUUAAAGGUAUUUCCCGUCAAUAUAUUACAUUUCAAAAAACCAUCUAAAAUCACUGUGACUUGUUAUGGCAUUUUAAGGAAAUUCUCUGUCCUGUCUAAUAAAAGGAAAAAGAAUACACAACCGGACUUCAUUUGUUGCAGUUUUAUAAAUGACUUGAUUUUUAUAGCUAUGUCAAAAAACUAAUGUUUUUUAUUAUUUUAAUGGUUGACAAUGUUUUGUUUGGAUGGUUUUUUGGGGAGUUUGUUUUUUGUUUUGGCUUGGUUUUGCUGAUGCAAUAAUUGAUUUUGCAGAUCUCUGUGCAUGGCGCUCCCCCUUUCAGGAUUCCUCCUGCCAGUCCCAAGCCCCCAGGUUUCUCGGGUUCGUUUUUGUUUUGCAGAGGCAGAUACUUUGUGCUGGCAACUCGCAGUGUGUUUAUCUGGCCUGACAGAGUGGAACCUGGGACAAGACGACCAACAGAAAUUGAGUAGAUUUGCUGCAUGGGUUAAUUUUCUUUGUUAGUUUGUUCCUGAACUGACCUCGGUUUAGUGUGGGAGUCAGUGGAUAGAAAGGGAUAAAUGUGCAUGUGGUAUCUUCCAAAGUGCAAGCAUUUUGACAUUUUUUUUUUUUUUCUUCGGGGGAAAAAAAAUAGCUAGUCUUGUACAGGAUAAUGGUACGCUCCAGGAGAUCAGCAGGUAUAACUCGUGUCUUACAGACCACAGCGAGGCGUGCACCAAAGAACAACCCCUCAUCCUAAGGGACCCUCUUGUUCCAUCCUUUCCGGCGGUUAGGUCAGCUCUCGGUGAAGUCUGGCAAACUCCCACGGAGUGACGAGAGGAGGGACGUGGUUUGGCUCUGCGGGCGCCUGCCAGCCUGCCUGGGAGGUCGCUUGGGACGUGUUUCAUUGCUGACUGCAUUGUCUGGUCCUCGCACCGCUUUGUGUGUCGUACUGCUGUUAAUGAUCUCUUUUCCGUCUUCCUCUCUUUUUGAAAACAAAUACGCCGCAGUCCUUAACGCAGGCGAAAUUCCCGCUGUGGCCAGCGGACGCUUUCCUUGGCGGGGUGUGCGGACCGUCCCUGCUGGGUGCGCUCGGAGCGGCACCCGGGAGAGGAGGCGGCGAGGUGGGGCGGAGCGGUUGCAGCUCCCAUGCUGGCUACGCCCUGGAUUUGGGUCGAGAUCUUCCGCAAGGAAAGCGUGGUCCGUAGUCUGCCCAAAAUGCCCGUUGACUCCAACGGGCCUUUUGCCUGGUUGUGGACUGCUGUGAACGGUGGCAGAGGUUUAAUGAAGACGACUUGCCAGUUCCAUACCGUCCGUGCUGUGGUUGAAACUGCGCUGGAGGCAGGAGUAACUACUGCAAACGGAGAUGAAGCGUGAUUGUGCCUUCUGAGCAGACGUGGCUGAGGAUUGCAUUAAAUCUGUGUAUAAAGCCCUGGGUUGCUCCAUAGUUAACACUUUUUUUAAUUAUUUUUUAUUUUUUUCUUGCAUCCUUGAGUCCAGGAAGCUCUUGCCCGUGUUGCUAGCACCGUUUCUACAGCAGACCGGACAAAUCUUUAAGGAUUCCUUUUCCUUAAACCACAUUUAAACAGAUGAUUGUUCACACUUCUCAUGCACCAUUAACACUGUGGGGGAAGCGGAAUCGCCACGGCUUUGUCAUCUCCGUGUACACGCGGGGGCUUUCCCAAGGACGUUGUGUUUUGUGUGCCGGUAUUUCAGAGAUCAGCGUUAGAUACCAGGGCAGUUGCUCCUCAUCAGAAACUUUUGAAAACUAUUUGCUACAGGGUCAUCUCCCUUCUUGGGAGGAACCGCAUGGCUUUGCCUUCCGUAGCGGCGUUAGGAGGGGGAGGAAGCAUCUUUCUGCCUUUCUUUGCUGUUCCAACUCAUAAAAUAAAACGGAGGCAGGAAGCCUCAUUUCUAGUCAGGAGUGGCUGAGAUUAUUGAAGGAGAAAAAGCCCGGAUGGGGAAGCGGGGCUCAGCACACGAGCGUUGGCCGAGAGCCCCCCCGUGCCCCAGCGUCGUUCCCCGUGAGCCGCGUUGGCGGGAGCUGCGGGACCAGCCUGCGCGGGGUGGUCCUGCUCUUCUUACGUGCGGUUUUGCAUGGCGGCUUGCUUUGCGCAUUGAAAACUCUGCUCCCACCUUAGCGCCGUGGGCUCCUUGUCCCGGGACAGAUACUGGUACCUAGCAGUGACCCAGGCGUGCAGCCGCUCUGUGUUUUCCACGCUGGAAAGUGGACGGGAUGGAGAGAAGAGCUCCCAUUUUACUCGAUACAGGCAAGUGGGCUUUCGGGUGGGUUAUUUAAUGGCCUUUACUGUACGGACAGGAGACGCUGCUGACCUCCUUGUCCUUGCCUCCCUCGUGGUUUGAAGGUAGCGGUGUCACUACCCUGCUCACGUACAAAUCCCACAUCUUUGCCAGUUUUUCUCUCCCCCUUGGAGUUCUGCAGUGCCGAUUAUGUCUGAACCCCUUCAUCGGCGUCAGCCUCCGCUUGAAGAACAGCUUGUCCUGCUCGGCCGGCCCCUAAGCUGGCCUGGCCGUCUUGGGUCCCCCCGUUCUCAUCCGCCUUUUCCAUGGCUACCAGAAACGCUUCUUUGGGGUUUUUCUGUUUGUUUUUUAAAGUCAGCAAACUUUCUGUUCUGUGGGGAAAAGAGCAAACCGCAGCUCUUUCCCCAUGCCUGUCAUUCCUGCUCAGAAACUUCAGAUUUAUGCUAAUGCUCUUAGAAAUCAUGUUCAGUACUGUAUAACAAGGGGCACUUUAGAAAUGUCUCUCCUCCUUUGAUAAAUGUGUUUUCCCUAUGGAGAAAGCUAUAUAUAAAUAUAUAUAUAUGUACACUUUGGGAUUCAGAAGAUCUAAUUUGUCCCAAAAAAAAAAAAAAAAUCAAUAAAUAUGAAGUUUACAAGAAACCUCUUCUGUCGUUGAAUAGUAUUAGUUAUUGGUAACCAUACCACUGAAAAAAAUAGCAAAUGGGUUUUCUGCGUAGUAGUUUUGAGAAGACACUUCUGUCCUGUCAAGCUGGACCCACAGCCUGUGGGUCUGGAGAUGGUUUCACCGAGGGCAGGCUCUGGGUCCGUCGCCUGCGGCUCUGUGCUCCCCAACCUCGCAGCCUGCCUGCUCCCCGACAGCAGAAACGUGCUCAAAAGCUUCAUCUGUGCUUAAAACUUCAGCCACCACGGCCGUGUGUGUUUGCAAAGGACAGCGGCAGAUCUGUGCGAGCGAAACCCCUCGGACAGCCGCGGUGCGUGCAAAACUGCUCCGUCACUUGCGCAGCUUGCCUGGGCUGGGAGCGGGAUUGCUGUCCCAGCAGACGAGCGGUUUUGCUCCUCCGGGCCGAGCCCACCACAGGGAGCCCCGCGGCUGCCCCGGCGCCCAGCAAAGCCGGGUCGGCCGCUGAGGAGGAGGGGGCUGGCGGCCGGGCACGUCCACCGCUUUGCUUUGGGCCGCUUUCCUCUCGCCUGCCAAGUCAGUGCGGUCAGAGAGGAAUAAACCCAAACUGCUGCUUGAAAAUCAGCCUGAAAAGAGUUCUUAUGGCUGACACCAGACACAGGAACGGUUUCCUGACCUCACCAAUCAAAAUUAGCCAGAACCCCUUAGGUGAGCUUAGGAAGGGAGACCACCCGAUUGCCUAUGUUCUCUGCAGUCGCGUGCACGGGGACCGAGGCGGUCGGGCAGCCCUGUGCACACGUGUGUUGGUGUGCGCGGUUGAUGCCGUCUGCGUGUGCUUGACUCGCCCGCAGCAGGACUUGGAAGGAAGGGGGGGUGUGUGAGAGAGACUGUUCUCUCUGAACUGCCCGGUCUGGUGACGGCAGAGCCGCUGCUGCCCUGUGCUCGUCCUCGGAUUGCUCAGGAUUUCUAACAGCGAUCAGGGCAAAACAGGUGGGGAGGGCGAGGGAGAGAGCAGAGUUUAAAAAAAAUGCAGAAAAAUUACCAAAAGGAAUUAUACCCUUUUUUUGCAUAGUAUCAGGUGGACAAGGGGUAGGAGUUUUUCAAUUCCCAAUUUAUGAGCUGGGUUUUAAAGCCCGGCUUAGGGCUACACUCCCGUCCUAGCACAGGGUGAGGGAUGGUUUUGGCUGCAGAAGCCCGGGCGUUGCGCAGAGUACCAACAGUCCCAGUCGUGCCACCGCUGCUGGGGACACAGGACUCGUGCCCAGACCCAGGGCUCCUGCUGCCGGCACCUCCAGCUCGGCCAGGGCGCCGCAGCGAUGGCAGCUGCCGAGGGCCACGUCUUCAAGUCUUGACUCGCGCCUUUCUCGGAAAAACCCACGCCGAUCUCAGGAAAGGCUGAGGAGAGACUUGAGGAUGCCGGCCGCUGGC